UGAUAAUGAGGUUAUGUGUGUAUAACAUAGGUUAUGUUUGUAGGCUUCGAAAACUGCAAAAAUGUUUUCUGGUACAGUUCCCAAAUUAAGAAUUUGCGUUCGCACAGUCCGUUCCUUUUCCUCAAUUCCUAAUAAAUCUCAAAUCGAGCCUCGUCAACUAGCUUUCCCCCCAAAGUACCAAAAACCUCGUCAAGUUUGGUUAGAAAACUUUGACACGAUUGAAGAAAAGAAACUCGCUAUACUAGAACUGCAUCCUGAGGUGUUUGCAGCUAACCCCCGAAUUGACUUAAUCCACGACAACGUACGAUGGCAAUCUUUGUAUCGCUAUGUGAGUUAUGCACACACAAAAUCGAGGUUUGAAGUGCGAGGAGGAGGCCGUAAGCCUUGGCCCCAAAAAGGUUUAGGAAGAGCUCGCCAUGGGUCGAUACGAAGUCCCUUGUUUAGGGGUGGUGGAGUGAUCCACGGCCCCAAAUCACCCACUCCACAUUUUUACAUGUUGCCAUUUUAUACCAGGGUUCACGGAUUGACCUCAACGUUGUCAAUUAAGUUGGCUCAGGACGAUUUACAUGUAAUCACAGACUUAGAGAUACCAACUGAUGAUCCAAAUUUUCUUGAGGAAUUAGUUAAGAGCAGGAAGUGGGGGCCUUCAGUCCUAUUUGUGGAUGAGUCUGAUAUAAUGCCAAGGAAUAUUACAGCAGCAACUGACCCAAUUAAACAUUUUAAUUUAAUGCCAGCUUAUGGACUCAAUGUUUACUCAAUGCUUAAACAUGACACGUUGGUGUUGACAAGGGCUGCAGUUGAUUUGAUUGAAUCAAAACUGUUAACGCAUCUACAUAAGAACAAUGUAAUGCCUUGCACACAGAAAUAUAAGUUAAAUCAAAUGUAAUGUAAUAGAAAAAAAUAAAAGUGUUUAGUUAAAUGUU